AUGCAAACUGAAAAAUAUCUAUCAAACCAAUCAAGAAAGAAAAACCACGUCUUAUACGGUCUGAUGACACUUGGAUUCAUGGUAGUCCUCAUUGUGGUACUGGUCGCAGUCCAGUCCUCGUACAAGCACCUGAUGAAGGAGUAUACUGAUUCUGAAACCGAUCUCCAGAAGGAGCUCAGCCUAAUCGGUGGAGUAUUGGAUACGAAGAGAAGUCAUCUCAGUCGAGCAUCCAAUCGCCUUGAGAAACUCAACCACAUUGAUGAAUGUGAGAAGUACUCACUCUUCUUCUACCUUGAUAAACGAAUUGAUGGCACAUUUGACAUGCACGAAAAUAGGUUGGAUCAGCGUAUCAAAAAGUACAAGACGAUGAUGGAACUUGGGAGGGAGCAGCUGGCUGAGACCAGAAAGACGAAUUCGUCAAGAAUAAGGCAGAAAUCAACUAUUGAAAAAAAUAAGGCGAAAUUCAGCCUGUUCAAGGGGUUUAUGAUGACUGAGAUGCUCCAAGGCGCCGUCCAAACCAUCGAGGCUGAUCGAACCCGUGUUCGUGGAUGGGUGAAGCAGAUGGUCACGAAGCACCACGACCUGAUGAACGAAACUACGAGCUACGACGACGACAUCGAGGCCACUGGGACGAUGGGUGGUCUCAGGCGACUCUACGGCAGAAUUGGUGGUGACUCGCCUGGUGAUUUUUGGCUAUUUGUUGAUCACUAUAUUGAUGGGCUACUUCUGCUUGAGCAGACGAUGCUGUACACUAAGAACGUGUAUAUCACGACAAUCUACAGGAGACUUGUUGCUGCACUGCGUGUGAUGCAUGGGAAGUACAACGUGCUGCUCUACAUGAGUGGAAUGACGAAUGUGAGUGGGGAUGAUCUGAUUCAGUUUGGUGGUCGAAUUGGAAUGGAGAUACAAAAUGAGUACGACAGAAUAUCAAUACCAAAAAUAGAUGAAGAGAAGUGGGCACAAAUUGUAUCAGGUGAAAAAUAA